GAUUACUCCCCUCUUCCGGCAGCCAAUCAGCGCAGUUGGUAAAUAGCGAGGCAACUAUCAGAAGAAUUUUUGAAAUAUUCUUGCAGCAGCACUUCUGUUUAUGGCGUCCGUAUCGUCUGUAUCUCUACCAGGGCAGGGGCAACAUCAUUCUCUCUGGUUCUACUGGGCGCUCUGUAAUUCGACGUUGAAUCGCCUCGCCGAAUAUUGUAUAAUGGAUUACGCUGUUGAAAAUUUAAAAAAGACUUACGACAUAGAGCGGAAAGCAAAGCUCAACAAGCUACUUAAUAUGCAAUGGCUGAAAAAUACAUCUUAUUCAGCAAAUCCUGAAAAGGUAAAAACUGCUGUCUAUAAACAAAUACAGAAGCAAGAUGAGAAUAAGAAAAUAGAAGAUAAGGUUUUAGAACUAGCAGAAACCAUUAAGAUAUAUUCGGUUCAAGGACCUAAUAAAUGUUCUUCAAUAAAGAAUACAUGUAAAGCAAAUUUACUUGAUACAAUGCCUGAAAAAGAUGAAAAUACAUCGAAUGACAAAGAUAUAGAUAUGGCUUUAUUUCCAAAUGCUGAUAAGUUAGCUAGUCAAAAGAAUGAAGAAGAUAUGCUAAGUAUCGUGGAAAGUAUUGUAACAGCAAAGCUGGAGGCUGAGUUUUGUAUAAACAAAGAGCAUAAAGAUCAAUCAAGUACAUCCAAGAAUAAUAUUGAAGAUAUCGUACAGAUCGCAAUAUGUACAAAUCCUUCCGAUUUACAAAAAACUGGUGAAAACACAGAGGAGCUGAAAUUAAUAAAACAUUCUGAUGGUAAUAAUAAUAACUCCAAAUCUAUAACACCACGUAUGUCAAAACUGAACGAAAAGCAUAAGUCAACUUGCAAAAUAACUGGUACUGAAAACAGUAAAGCUUCAACAGAAGCAAAGGAUAAAGAUGUGCAUAUAAAAACAAAUCUAACAAAAACAAGUAUUAAAGCUGAUAAUAAUACAAAUUUAGUUAAAGACAAUGAAAAGUCUUCCAGUCCUAGUAGCGAUUCUAAGAAAACAAUUUUCAAUUCAUCAAAAUCACUGAGCACUAUUGAAAAAACUGGAAAGGAUCAAUUUAAUAAUAAAUAUAACGCAAAGAAUAUUGCUGGCACAAGGAAACAAGAUUUUGCAAAACGCAAUGUUUCAAAGAAUGGAACAGAAAAGGAAACGAAAAAUGUUACUGCAAAGCCAAACUUAAUGAAAACAGGUUUUGUGACAGCUGAUACAUGUCAAAGUAAAAAUUCGCACAAGGACAAAGUUGCACAAAAGCAAACAGCAAAACAGUUUGUAUUAAAAUCAAAAAGUCAAGAGCUUCUUAAAAGAAAUGUAUCUCCGCUUAAUAUUUCCGAUGAUAAAAAUAAAAUAGAGAAAGCAAUACAUACACCUGAAAGGCUCGACUCGCCGUCAAAUGAAUCUGAAAGGAAAAAUGAGAAGAUUGUUAAUGAAAAGUAUUUUCAAAGCGACCAAAAAACAAAUCGCGGUGAUUUUAGAAAGAAUACUGCAUCUGUCACGCAAUAUAAAAAUUCAACAUUCUCAAAGUCAAUGCAAAAUGUCCCGAGAGCAGGACAAGCUCCGAUGUAUGGAAGAAAUUCAUCGUAUGCUUAUAAUAAUCCAAAAUUUGAUAGAAAUCGUAAUGGCAGUGCUGAACGUAGAGUUACGAAGAAAGAGCACACAUCUACUAAUACAUUUGCAAAAUCAAAUACAGAAACAGAAGAACUUGACACAAACAACUUGGAGAGUUGCGCAACGCAGAAGAAAGAAAUAAUUCAACCGACAAAUGUAAAAUCGACAAGACAUGAAGUAGAUGCAGUUGACGAUAGAAACGAUACAAAUCCUGUAAAAGUGGAGACACAUUUAACACAAAGUAAGGAAAAUAUGAAUUCAAAUGUUGAUUAUACGGAACGAGGACCUACAAUGUCGGAACAGUUUUGUGAAGAAACAAAUGAUAUCGUUAAAGUCGAUAUUGGCCAGCAACAUCGAAGAGAAACUAAUAACGAAGAAAUAAAUUCGUUUAAAUACUCGUCCAAUUCAGCCUCUGAUAAAUGUGCUACAGAUUCACAAAUCAAUGCGCCACAUCAGUAUUCGUUAAAUACGCAACACACAAAUGAUAUAAAUCAAUUGGAAAGCAGUCAAGCUAUUUGGAAUCAAUCGUCUGACAACGCCAUGCAGAAAGGCGCCACAGCCAUGAGUCUACAACAGUCUAUUCAAAAUUUGCAUUUUAACACGCAACAGACUUUUAUUCAAGCAGGAAAUUCAACGCGGCAAAUGUCGCCAUGGGAGUCAAAUAGCAGCAAGUUUUACGAUCAACAUUUUUCAACUAACGACUUGAUGCAGCUGUCGCAGAUUCCAAAUACUUUCAAUGCACCGCCUUACGAAUGUAAUGCACAAAUGCCAAAUGAUAAUAAUAUCGCUGAUAUGUCUACGCUGGAAACCACGAUGAAUGGUAAUAGAGAACAUGCAAAUGUACUGUAUAGAUACGGAUCGAACGUACAGCAGAGACCUGUUGUGGCUUCGGAUUUUCCUUCCAACCAUUCCAUGUCCGCGUGUCAGGCUAAUCAAGCUAGAUGGAAUUCCUCGACACAAGACAGCUUUCACCAUACGGUUGAACAUCCGUACGUUGUAACGCAACCUACGAUGAUGCACGUUUACAAUCCUGCAGCUUUUGGUCCCGACGACUUUAAUAAUGCACAUACCAUGGAUUAUGUAUCACAUCCGGUAAUUUAUGCGCCAUCUCCAUAUAUGCAAACAUGGAAUUCGCAAUUACAGUAUCCUAUGUCCGUUUUGUAUAAUUCUCCGUGCUCGAAUUACACCACGUUCCCUCAUAAUCAAGCGAGUAAUUUCAACAACUCUAUGCACGACCAGCAACAUAAACAUAAUCCUUACGUGCAAGUGAAUAAUUACGUUAGAGAUACGUAUAAUGAUACGAAUACUUGCGCAGCGCAAACAAGAAAUGUUGCCGAUAACGCUCCGGUAAAAUCCAAUUAUUAUUACAAGAAGUACCAGGACAAUCGAACGGUUUACGAUGUUCCGCAAUAUGCAGCACCAGUUUCAUAUUCGAGAUCGCAACAAAGUAUGAAUUUCAUGCCUGCAAUAGGCAUAAAUCAAUACAACGUAUCGUAUUGUCCGCCAAAUCAGAGAUAUAAGCCAAACGUGACAAAUUACAUGAAAAAUCCGAAAGGUCAGGUACAAGAUUUCGUUUGUGAUGACAAUGCAUCGGAAGAUACUCCCCCAAUAAUAUCUCCGAAAGAGUUUGUAACAAACAAUGUAAGUCUUUCAAAUCAAACUGAUCAAUUUGCGACGCGCGUAUUCAAACCGGAGUUCAAGCCGAGAUCAAACUUAGGGUAUCGUUCAGGCCCGCCAUCCUCUUUAUCAAGAUAUAAUAACGGCGGUUUUCACCGAAAUUUUCAAGAUUUUCCGAAAGAAUAUACAUAUCCUAUUAGCAUUGGCCGCGGUACAUAUAAAACUAAAAAAACAUAAAAACAUCAAAUCUAUACAAAGCAAGAGUUUUUUUUAUUUAAACUAUAAUAUAUAAAAUAAGGAUAUAGACAUUCAUGCAAAAAGUUAAUUUAAAAAUUUUCUAUCUCAUAAAUCUCAGAAAAUCAAUAGCAAAAUUUUUCUAAUUAUUCAAUAUGAUUUCAACUGUAUCUACUAUACAUUUACUAUGAUCUACUAUAAGUCAAUUUACCAGCUCCCUUUCUAUUUUUGAUAUGUCUUGAAAGAAUGUUAAGUUUUUAUAUAACAAGCAGUUAUAAGAUAGAAAAUUCCUAUUAAAUAUUAUAGAUGCCAAGAAAACUACGUAUUAUUAAGUUUAUAUUCAUAUCAUAUUGUGAUAUCGGGCAACCUAAAAUGGUGCUCUCCUUGCAUCUAAAGACUCGCUUUAAAUCUUUAUAGAGCUUAAAAUGCUAUAUUCAUAAAUAUAUAAAUUUUGUUUAAAUCUGUAAGUUUUCACAGAUGAGUUUAGUUACGAAUCGCAGGAUAUGUAAAAAUUAUUAGACUUUGAAACAUAUCAAUUGCGAGAAAUAUUGUUCAACAAAUAAUUUAGCACGUAAUAUUUUCUUCUAUGUUUGAUUUCUUAUAAUUUUAAGAUAAAAUGUUUCAGAAAUA